UCUCUACGUCUGCGCGCCUCAAACUUACUGUCGCACUCGUCCGAUAUUCUUCUUAUCAUUUUACCCCAGGCUUUUGUUUUGUUUUUAAAAGGAAAACCACAACAGUGUUUUUAAGUAAGUGUGUUAGCGUUCCGUGGUUGCGGCGGCUGUACACCGGGAGGAACCACCGUGUUUUCUUCGCCUUCAGUGGAAAAGCAGCGGGGGGAAAUGUCCAGCUGAGGACUGGAGAUCCUGAAAACCACAGGGCCUGUUUUGUAAUGAUUGGUCAAAGCUCCGAUAAUGGCGCUAAAGGCACAGGUAUUAUAUGACUUCACUGCUGAGGCUGGAAACAACGAACUGACGGUAAAAGAAGGCGAGACAGUCACGGUCACUAAUCAGAAUAUUGGAGGAGGCUGGAUUGAAGCACAGAACUCUAGAGGGGAGGUUGGACUGGUGCCAGAAGACUAUAUUGAGUUUGGUCAUCAGACUCCAUCGUUCCCAGGAGCAGGAACCACAGCACCCACACCGAGUGCUGGAAAUGUUGCAUCUCAAGACCUUUCCUUUUUUGAUGCCUAUGCUCCCGCAUCGGCACCUGCACAAAACCAGGUGGAUGCUGGGGGCUUGAGUCCUCAACCUGACACCCCUGACACCCCAGUUUCCCCCUAUCUUUCGUCCCCCGAUGAGGCAAGUAACGGUAAUGAUCCCUGGUCAGUGUGGAACACAGACCCAUCAGGGGGUUCCAACAACAACUGGGCAUCUAAUCCGGAGGGCACCCAGACUGGGAAGACUGCCCCUGACCCAUGGAGCUCCGCAUCACAUGGCCACCCUCAGGCUUACCAGGGCCCAGGUGUGAACUCAGGAGCAGAGGAUGAUGAGUGGGAUGAUGAGUGGGAUGACGUGAAGUCCACGGGUGGUUACGCCGAUUCUGAAGCUGGAGACAGUGGAGCAAUGCAGAGAGCUGGAGCUCAUGCACCCUCAAUGAAAAUCUCCCUCAACAAGUUCCCUGGGUUCUCCAAAUCUGGUCCAGAGCUCUACCUCCUGUGCAAGCAGCUUGUCAAGGGCAAAGAGAAGCUUGCGAUUUAUAUGGGAGAAGUUGGUCCUGUGUGGCUUUAUCCAGAAACUCAGUUAGAUUGUGUGGUGGCAGAUCCCAAAAAAGGCACAAAGAUGUACGGCCUCAAGAGCUACAUUGAGUAUCAAGUCACGCCCAAUACCACAAACCGUCCAGUCAACCACAGAUACAAGCACUUUGAUUGGCUGUACGAGCGGCUCCUCGACAAAUUUGGCUCAGCCAUCCCCAUCCCGUCCUUACCGGACAAGCAGGUGACCGGGCGCUUUGAGGAGGAGUUUAUUAAGAUGCGCAUGGAGCGGUUGCAGGGAUGGAUGACCAGGAUGUGCAGGCACCCCAUUAUUUCCUGCAGUGAUGUUUUUCAGCUUUUCCUGACCUACAAGGAUGAGAAGGACUGGAAGACGGGGAAGAGAAAAGCAGAGAAGGACGAGACGGUGGGAGUGAUGAUCUUCUCCACGAUAGAGCCGGAAGCUCCAGACUUAGAUCCCUUGGAAGUGGAACAGAAGUGUGAGCAGUUCAGCAGGUUCACCAAAGCCAUGGAUGAUGGAGUGAAGGAAAUCCUCACUGUGGGACAUGAGCACUGGAAGAGAUGCACAGGCCCGUUACCAAAAGAGUACCAGAGAAUUGGGAAAGCCUUCCAAAACCUCUCCUCUGUCUUCACCAGCAGCGGAUACCAAGGUGAGUCAGUCCUGACUGACGCCAUGACAGCGGCAGGGAAGACGUACGAGGAGAUAGCGCAGAUGGUUGCGGAGCAGCCAAAGAAGGAUCUCCAUUUCCUCAUGGAGACCAACAAUGAAUACAAGGGUCUUCUUGGAUGCUUCCCAGACACCAUUGGAGUCCACAAGGCGGCCAUAGAAAAGGUGAAGGAGGGCGACAAGCUGGUGGCUGCAAGUAAAAUAAGCGUUCAGGAAAAAGUCACCAUGUCCAAACGCGUCAGCACGAUGUCUUACUCUUUGCAAGCUGAGAUGAACCACUUCCAUAACAACCGUAUCUACGACUACAACAGGGUCAUGCAGUUGUACCUGGAGGAGCAAGUCAAGUUUUACGAGACGAUUGCUGCCAAACUGAGACAAGCACACAGUCAGUUCACCACGAUGUGAAACGUCUCGCACUACAAGAAAAGAGUAAAACACCAGCUCGUCUUCACUUCUCUCUCUGUUUUGCCUUUGCCUCGUCUCUUUUGUUAUCUCUCAUGCCAACAGAUGCAGCUCACACUGUUACGUUUUGUCCGCUGUGCUCAGACGUUUCCAAACAGUUAGUGAGUGUGCGCGUGCAGCAGCUGACAGAGACUGUGGCAGUUGUGUUUUUUGCGUGGAUCGGCAGCAGUGAGAGCAGAAUGAGACACAAUAUUUACACACAUCCUUUCCUCUGUGCAAGGUCCAUUCAGUUUGUGACACACGGGAAGCUACACUUGCGGACACAGAUUGUUUUAUUCUACUAAUGCAAUUCAAGCUCACGUUGUUUUAAAGCUAAACUAACUGCAGUUUUUCUCUCUUUGUUUCACGUUAAAAUGAUCUACACAUGUAACAAAAAAUGUUAUCUGUUGUGUACUUAUGCACCCACAGUACAAACCAAAGCUUAAAGGUAGGCUGGGCAGCAUAUCAGUGCUUUACUGCGUGUUUGUCAGACACUGCUGAGUUUAUUCAAGAGUUGUGUCACAGGUGGAAUCAGUGGGGUUUUUCUUAAAAAAAAAUAAAAAAUAAAAUUCUCUUCCUGCACUUCCUCAAAAGCUAACAGGAAGCUCCACCUCCUUCCUGUCUUGCCCACGUGACUUGACCCCUAUGACUCGGGUACAAAAAGAGUUAUUUGAAUUCCCCCGCACACAUCUCCAGCCAGGGGAUGACGACACAGCAGUUUACUUUUCAGAUGAUGCUCAGGUCAGGUCUAUUGGUUUUAGCAACAUACGUUCAAGCCACAAGUCAAACACGAUUCCUUUCCCGCAGUUUGAAGAGCAUUUGUCUUCUUUUUGACCAGAUUGUGGUGUUUUAUACAUGGACUGUGUCAAGUAUGCAUUUUUUCUUUUUCUUUCUUUCUUUCUUUCUUUCUUUCUUUCGUUCGUUGUUCACAGUCCAGCUUUCAAUCAGUCACUAAUCUUAUUCCCUUAUUCUUUUCUUAUCAAGUAAUACAUGAAAACUAUACAUAUACGUAUAUAUAUAUAUAUAGUAAAUAUAUUCCGCUGGACCUAUAAGGUGCUUCUUGUCACUGAGAUACUAUUUUAUGUAUAGAAGUGUUUUCAAUACAGUGCAACUCAGAGAGGAGCAAAAAAAAUUGUGUUUGAUUUAUUAAACAAUGAUUUAUAUUCA